ACUGAUUGAUUGGCACUCGCAUUGCUCAGCAGCGCCGAUCGCAGUGCUCUGAAACUGAAGCAUGUCGUCCAUGGCGUCGAUGGUUCGUCGUAAACUUCAUCACCGGCCGGCCGUUCUCCACUUCAGGUUCUUCUGUGCAGCGCCGGCGAAGGAGCGGAAUGAUCGAAGGAUAAAGAAAAUACUGGUGGCGAACAGGGGGGAAAUAGCGUGCAGAAUCAUGAGGACGGCCAAAAGGUUGGGGAUUCGAACCGUCGCCGUGUACAGCGACGCGGAUAGGCUCAGCCUUCACGUGAAAUCGGCCGACCAAGCCGUUCGCAUCGGUCCGCCUCCGGCUCGAUUGAGUUAUCUCAACGCCGCCUCCAUCAUUGAAGCUGCAGGUCGUACUGGCGCUCAGGCUAUCCACCCAGGCUAUGGUUUCUUAUCAGAAAGUGCCGACUUUGCUCAACUUUGUGAAGAUGAGGGUUUUACAUUUAUUGGGCCUCCAGCAUCUGCUAUCAGGGACAUGGGUGACAAAAGUGCAUCAAAGAGGAUAAUGGGUGCAGCAGGUGUGCCACUUGUGCCUGGAUACCAUGAUGAUAAUCAAGAUAUUGACCUUAUGAAGGCUGAAGCAGACAAGAUUGGGUAUCCUAUUUUGAUAAAGCCAACUCAUGGAGGGGGAGGGAAGGGCAUGAGAAUUGUGCAAAGUCCGAAUGAAUUUGUUGACUCUUUCUUGGGAGCAAAACGUGAGGCUGCUGCUUCUUUUGGCAUAGAUACAAUUUUACUAGAGAAAUAUAUCACGCGGCCAAGGCACAUAGAAGUGCAGGUAUUUGGUGAUAAACAUGGCAACAUCAUACAUUUAUAUGAGAGAGACUGCAGUGUGCAGAGAAGAUACCAGAAAAUAAUUGAAGAAGCUCCAGCUCCAAAUGUCCUGAAUGAGUUCCGCUCUCAUGUUGGUCAAGCUGCUGUGUCUGCAGCUAAGGCAGUUGGUUAUCAUAAUGCUGGCACUGUGGAAUUUAUAGUUGAUACUUCCUCGGGACAAUUUUAUUUCAUGGAGAUGAACACCCGUCUUCAGGUUGAGCAUCCUGUGACUGAGAUGAUUAUAGGGCAAGAUCUUGUGGAGUGGCAAAUACGUGUUGCAAAUGGAGAACCUCUUCCCAUGAGCCAAUCACAAGUGCCCUUGUCAGGUCAUGCUUUUGAAGCCCGUAUAUACGCUGAAAAUGUCCCAAAAGGAUUUCUUCCUGCAACUGGAGUUCUUCAUCAUUAUCAUCCUGUUCCGAUGUCAUCAACAGUUCGUGUGGAAACUGGAGUUCAACAAGGGGACACUGUAAGCAUGCAUUAUGAUCCUAUGAUAGCUAAGCUUGUAGUAUGGGGAGAAAAUCGAGCUGCAGCAUUAGUUAAACUGAAAGACUGCCUGUCAAAGUUCCAGGUUGCAGGUCUGCCAACCAAUAUCAAUUUUCUAUUAAGACUUGCUAACCAUCAGGCAUUUGAAAAUGGUGAAGUAGAAACCCAUUUUAUUGAGCACUUUCGAGAUGACUUGUUUGUUGAUCAAAGCAACCCAGUAUUUGCAGAAGAUGCACUUAGGGCUGCCAAACUCAGUGCAUCAAUUGUGGCUGCAUGUAAAUGUGAAAAGGAACACGGAGCUUUGAAGGAAAGGCCCCCUGGGGGCCUCUCAGUAUGGUAUGAUCAUCCCCCUUUCAGAGUUCAUUAUCUUGCCAGGCGUAUGAUGGAACUUGAGUGGGUUAAUGAAUAUGAUAUUAGUGGUUCAAAGCUUUUGAGACUUUCCAUCAUUUAUCAACCAGAUGGGAACUAUCUAAUUGAGAUUGAAGGCAAUAGUUCAUCAGGUUUGGAAGUCAAAUCAGCACACUUGGGUGACCACAUUUUUAGAGUUGAGGCUGAUGGUAUAAGCAUGGAUGUUAAUUUAACUGUUUAUUGCAAGGACCAACAUGAGCAUAUACAUGUGUGGUAUGGUUCACACCAUUAUCACUUCAAACAAAAAAAGGGACUUGAGGUAUCUGAUGAUGAUGAAAUCCAACACAAGCCAACUUUUGAGACAUCAUCCCACCCUCCUGGCACUGUGAUUGCACCUAUGGCUGGUUUAGUGGUUAAAAUCCUGGUAAAGAAUGGGGCAAAGGUUGAAGAAGGGCAGCCCAUAUUAGUCUUAGAAGCAAUGAAGAUGGAGCAUGUUGUGAAGGCAUCAACUGCUGGGUGUAUUCAUGGGCUUCAAGUUGUGGCAGGCCAGCAGGUUGCUGAUGGUAGUGUUCUCUUCUGUGUCAAGGAUGACUGAAAGUGGUGGCAACUAGGUCUUGCUAGGGACCAGCUCAGUAUGAAUUAAUUUGUGGCUCUGUAUGAAUUCGUGCGGUAAAGAUUGGGAGCCUUCUCAGUGGUAAUUGCACAGAGGCCGUGAAAAGUGGUUGCAUCCGGAGACGAUUUCUUUCUUGAACAUUUUGAGUAUGUAACAUAAUAAUGUUGGGAGACCAUUCUUGAUUUAGGAUAGGAAAGAAGGAUAAAAAUCGGAAAUUCCUUUAUUCCUGUCUGUCUGUCCGUCCGUCCUACUCUACUCGCUAAUUUGUUGUAAGAAGACAUUUUAACAUUGUAUGGAUCCGCAUCCGCAUCCACAUAUUCAUAAUUCAUAUGAUGCUCGUUGCGUCAUCAACGAAUUGAUUGAUU